CAUUGCUAACCAGUCGCACUCGUACACAUUAAAGGACUAGGAAAUUUAGCUAGCCAUACAACAUUUCAAACAAGGGGAGGCGACAAAUAAGGAAAACAAAGGAGUUUCUAAUCCAACCGGACAUAGCUACAUUGCCGUUAGCUGUUCAAACACAUCGGUGGAGAGUGAAAAGAUCGAGUUUUGGGGAGAGGCUGGAGAAGGGGAUAAGUACUGGUAGGACUGUGCACUCGCUGCUUGGUCGACCACGGUAACUCGCCACCAUGCCGUUCCCCUUUGGCAAGUCCCACAAGUCGCCGGCGGACAUCGUCAAGAACCUGAAGGACAGCAUGACGGUGUUGGAGAAACACGACAUCUCUGACAAGAAGGCUGAGAAGGCCACAGAAGAGGUGUCUAAGAGCCUGGUGGCGAUGAAGGAGAUUCUCUAUGGGACCAAUGAGAAGGAGCCCCAGACUGAGGCGGUGGCCCAGCUGGCUCAGGAGCUCUACAACAGCGGCCUGCUCAGCACCCUCGUAGCUGACCUGCAGCUCAUCGACUUUGAGGGUAAGAAGGAUGUGGCUCAGAUUUUCAACAACAUCCUGCGGCGUCAGAUCGGGACGCGGACGCCCACGGUGGAGUACCUCUGCACUCAGCAGAACAUCCUCUUCAUGCUGCUCAAAGGGUACGAGUCUCCAGAGAUCGCUCUGAACUGUGGCAUCAUGCUGAGGGAGUGUAUCAGGCACGAGCCACUGGCCAAGAUCACCCUGGGGGCCGAGCAGUUCUACGACUUCUUCAGAUACGUGGAGAUGUCCACGUUCGACAUCGCCUCAGACGCAUUCGCAACUUUUAAAGACUUGCUAACGAGACACAAGAUUCUGAGUGCGGAGUUCCUUGAGCAGCAUUACGACAGGUUCUUCAGUGAAUAUGAGAAGUUACUCCACUCAGAGAACUACGUGACUAAAAGGCAAUCCCUCAAGUUGCUGGGAGAGCUUCUUCUCGAUCGACACAAUUUCACCAUCAUGACGAAAUACAUCAGCAAGCCAGAGAACCUCAAGCUAAUGAUGAACCUUCUUCGAGACAAAAGCCGCAACAUCCAGUUUGAGGCCUUCCAUGUCUUCAAGGUGUUUGUGGCCAACCCCAACAAGACACAGCCCAUCUUGGACAUUCUUCUGAAGAACCAGACCAAACUCAUUGAGUUCCUCUCCAAGUUCCAGAACGACAGGACGGAGGACGAACAGUUCAACGAUGAAAAGACGUACCUGGUCAAACAGAUCAGAGAUCUGAAGAGGCCGGCCCCCCAGGAGGCCUGAGGGAGGGGCUUAAGGGGUCCAGACAACAUUUGGAUAACAGACUCAUCAGUAGCUGCUGCUGUUCUGGUUUUUCAACCAUUUGAAAAAAAAUAACGCGCCCACAUCAAGUCAUCAGGAACUCUCCAGUUCAUUCUGCUGUUUUUUUUUUCUCCAGUUUCUCCUUUAAAAAGAUAAGAGAUUAACAUAAAAUAUGCUGCUGCUUUCUUGCACAUUAAGACAUGUGGAAGGGUAACAUCAACAACACAACAAAGGUCAUUCAAACAAAUAGUAACAACGAAAUCUACUACAUUUGAGCGCUAUGCAGACUUCUGACACACGCGCACACACACACAUAUAAUGAUAUAAUAUCAGCAUAAACCUUGAGAUGAAAGGUACUGGCAAAGUGAACAUUGGAGUGUUGGUUGCAUGCCUUGUUCAAAUGUGACAUCCAUGGCUAUACUUGAGGCUAAACGCUGGCUGAGAGAUGACAUGUCCAGUCUACUUACAGUGCCACAGACGGCAAAAAGCACAUGCAUCGCAGUACCAGCUCCAACUCUUACCUAUGCCUUCAUCGUGUACAGCAGCAACAGUGAUGCAUUUUUAAAAUGGGCUCUCCGAUGGCCUCACGCCGACCCAUGCAGCUAUUGGUGUGUUGUGAAACAGCACAGAGCGGAUGGUAUGGAUAAAAUGCUAGAUAUUAUUUAGGUACAAGCCUGAAUUGGGUUUGUUUUUUGUUUUGGGACAGGGUGAACGUGUACAUAUGCCUUUUUGUUUUUUUUGCUUUGUAGAUUUUGUUGAAACAUUGACACAUGGAUAUAUAUUAUAUAUAUUUGACCUUAAACAUCAAGUUUUUCGUUAAUGCUAAUCAAAAUAAUUUUUAAAACAGUGGAAGAGGAAAAAUAUCAGACAUUUUGCGUUUCAUUUUACUGCUGAAUUGAAAUGGUGUCUGGUUUUUCUUUGUACAUAACUUCCAGCCAGGGCCAGCUCUUACGUUGUUAACCUAGAGGACAUUAAUAAUAAUUAGUACAGCUGAGGAAUGUCAUGGUAUUAGCCCGGAUCUCUUCUUAAUCCUCUGUUUUUUCGUCUGUAUUUAAGUAACUCAGACAACUAAAAUAUGCUGGGGUGCCAGGACAGUGGGGUGGAGGGGAGGCCGGGAUGGGAUGUGGCAGAGUGCUAAUGGAAACAUUAAGUUUGUGAUGAGCAGCCAGCCAGUGGUCGCGUUCCCCUGCUCAGACGUUGCAUGCAUCAACCAAUGGUUGCGUGCCACGUCAUCGACUGUCAUUGACUGACAGAUUGCUAUAACAUAUGAUGUGUUUAGCUGAUAUGUAAAAUAUAAAUCCAGGCGUUUGUAAGAUCUGGCAGGCUUCAGCAAAGCCUGGGCAGAGGAACACGCCCUUCAUCUCCCAACUGGAAUCUGAUCCGGGGGUUGGUGGGGAUUUCAGGGAAUCGCAACAUUCUCCCCCCCACUCAUCCACUCUGGUUUAUUAUUAUAUUCUAAUUUCACCGCUUUCUGGUGGUGUAGGGGUGUUUCAACAUAUCUAGUGCGCUUCAGGAGUUGACAGUUACUUGGCACAUUGUCAUUUUUCCCCCAUUUACCCCCCCCAUGUUUGAGCCUUUUUCAUUGUGGUUAAAAUUCCAGUACAAUUCCAGAGCAUUAUGUAUGUUCUUUGGAGAUUGUUUACUUUACACUGACUGAGCAAAUCUGCCAUUUGAAACGCAGUAUUUAUUUGAGGGAUGGAGUUGAUUGGAUGAUAUGAAUAUCUUGCAUAUAUACCACUCAACUGACAUGUUUACUUGCAGUGAAGGAUAUGGUCAGAGAGUGAUGUUGAGCCAAGUGCUUUUGACUGAAAGCUCAUCCAUUUAUCCCAAUAGACGACUGAUCAGCCAUUUCAUUGUGCAAACCAACAGAGAACAGUACGCUAAAGACCAGUAUUCCUCAAUGCAUAUUUAAAUCGCAUGUUCCUCUACUGCCUGCAUGGUACUCUCUACAAACAAUGUUGUACUGGAAUUUUCUUCCCAAAAAAUAAUUAAUGAACAUUUGAGAUAGCCAAAUCUCAUGCUAUGUCUAACCUUUGACUCCAGUCCCAGCACAUUGUGUGUGUGGGUGCUUUCAGAAGUGUCAAAAAGGCUUUGCCCCUAUGAUCUAAACAACAGAAAUAAAAGAAAAACAUUUGGAAUAAACUGAACCUGUGAUCAAAAUGUUA